CCCAGGAGCCGUCAAAACAAUUGCCUUGAGCGCCGGCCAUGUUGGAUUUAAGGGGGCAGUACUGGCGGGGUAGCGGGCGGACCGACGGACCGACGGACGUGCCAAGGCCCAGGUUGGGAUCCCCUAACCCAGGAUGUCAGGGCUGGUUCUGGGACAGCGGGAAGAGCCACCAGUGCACCGGUUGAGCCAAGAGGAGAUCCUGGGGAGCACUCGGCUGGUGAGCCAGGGUUUGGAAGCGCUGAGAAGCGAGCACCAGGCAGUGUUACAGAGCCUGGCUCAUGCUAUUCAGUGCCUGCAGCAUGAGGGCCAUGAAGCUGGACUGGUACAUGAGAAGGCCCGGCAGCUUCGCCGUUCCAUGGAAAACAUUGAACUGGGUCUGGGGGAGGCACAGGUGAUGCUGGCUCUGGCAAACCACCUGGGCACAGUGGAGUCAGAGAAGCAGAAGCUUAGGGCCCAGGUGCGGCGAUUGUGUCAGGAGAACCAGUGGCUUAGGGAUGAGCUGGCAGGUACCCAGCAGCGCCUACAGCGAAGUGAACAGGCAGUAGCCCAGUUGGAGGAAGAGAAAAAGCACCUGGAGUUUAUGGGACAGCUUCGGCAGUAUGAUGAAGAUGGACCACCUGUGGAGGAGAAAGAGGGCAACUCCAAUAAGGAUUCCCUGGAUGAUCUUUUCCCCAAUGAGGAGGAAGAAGAGCCCAGCCAUGACCUGCCCAAGGGCACUUCAGCUGCUCAGCACGGGGGUUAUGAGAUCCCAGCGAGGCUUCGGACCCUGCACAACCUGGUGAUCCAGUAUGCAGCUCAGGGCCGUUAUGAGGUGGCAGUGCCACUCUGCAAACAGGCCCUAGAAGACCUGGAGCGCACCUCAGGCAGAGGUCACCCUGAUGUAGCCACCAUGCUCAACAUCCUUGCCUUGGUCUAUCGGGACCAGAACAAAUAUAAGGAGGCAGCCCACUUGCUGAAUGACGCCCUGAGCAUCCGGGAGAGCACCCUGGGCCGGGACCACCCAGCGGUGGCUGCCACUCUCAACAAUUUGGCUGUGCUGUAUGGGAAGAGGGGCAAGUAUAAGGAAGCAGAGCCACUGUGUCAGCGAGCCCUGGAGAUCCGAGAAAAGGUCUUGGGCAUUGACCACCCAGAUGUGGCAAAGCAGCUGAACAACCUUGCCCUCCUGUGUCAGAACCAGGGCAAAUAUGAGGCAGUAGAGCGGUACUAUGGCCGGGCCCUGGCCAUCUAUGAGGGCCAGCUGGGGCCGGACAACCCGAAUGUGGCCCGCACCAAGAACAAUCUGGCUUCCUGCUACCUGAAACAGGGAAAAUAUGCAGAAGCUGAGACUCUGUACAAGGAGAUUCUAACCCGGGCCCACGUGCAGGAGUUUGGGUCUGUGGAUGAUGACCACAAGCCCAUAUGGAUGCAUGCAGAGGAGCGAGAGGAAAUGAGCAAAAACCGGCACCGGGAUGGCAUACCUUAUGCUGAAUAUGGAGGCUGGUACAAAGCAUGCAAGGUCAGCAGCCCUACAGUCAACACUACCCUGAGGAAUCUUGGGGCUCUCUACCGCCGCCAAGGGAAACUAGAGGCAGCUGAGACUCUGGAAGAAUGUGCCUUGCGCUCCAGAAAACAGGGCACAGACCCCAUCAGCCAGACUAAGGUAGUGGAGCUGCUUGGGGAGGCCCAGGAAAGCCCUGGAGCCAGUGUUAAAUUUGAAGGGGGUGAGGAGGCCUCUGUGGCUGUAGAGUGGUCAGGGGAUGGCAGUGGAACCCUGCAGAGAAGUGGUUCUCUAGGCAAGAUCCGAGAUGUGUUUCGACGAAGCAGUGAAAUGCUAGUAAGAAAGCUGCAGGGAAAUGAGCCUCGAUCCUCCAGUAGCAACAUCAAGCGGGCCGCCUCCUUAAACCAUCUGAAUCAGCCCAGCGAGCAGUCCUUUCAGGGCUCCCGAGGCCUCAGUGCUAGCACUAUGAACCUCUCUUCAAGCAGCUGACAUCUGACUCCUUAGGAUCUUCCCUACUGUGAUUCUACAAACAUACAGCAUUCUCUGUGACUCCUGCCUCUACCAUGUCCUAAGGAACAGACUGUCAGACCUUGGUGGACCAGUGGGGAUGAAAACUUGUAAACUGCUGGGUUGUUCUACCCAUUUGGGCUUUGGCUGCACCCUCAGGAAGGCCCUGCUGGGCCCCCUUUAACUCCUCUGCUGUCUUCUAGAGUAGGGCUAAAUCCUCCAGGGACUGGAUUAGGAAGCAGGUAUGCCACAGGAAUGGAGGGCUGAGGCCUGUUAUCAUUGUUUUAGUAUGAAGGGUCUUUGGACUGGCCAAAUUCCUAUUCCUUGGCCUCUCUUUUCUCUAUAUGCUCCUUUUCUUCAGGUCCAACUAUUUCACUUUUCUUAAAUAAAAUAAUCAGGAUACGA